AUGGUUGAAGACUCUAAAAACGUCAGCUUGAAUCAAAUAGCGUCUAGUCUAAGAAAAUCUAGCAGAGAUUUUUCUCGAUGGAAGCUUUACAAAUCAUCAAAAUGGUCUGCUGAAGCACUAGUUGGCAUGUGUGUUGAUGAUGACCAUAUUCAAAGUCCUAGUGUUGAUGCUGCUAUAAUUCGCGAUGAGAUUGAGAGUAACUGGAAUUUAUCUGAGAGAGAAAACGACCUAUAUUUACUAGCCGCCUCAUUAUUUGACUGUAAGGAGUUUGAUAGAUGUGCAUAUUUUCUCAGGGGAGCAACCAAUCCAUGUUUAAAGUUUCUCGAACUUUACUCAGAAUUUCUUUCUUGGGACAAGAAGACUCGUGCGGCUAUGGAGGAUGUCCUCAUUACAGGUAAACCUAGUAAACAAAAGAUUAGAGGAGAUGUGAAUACUGUAGAUGAUGACAAUUCGCGAGACUCUAAUCAUGCAAAAACAUCAACUUCGGGAGACGAAAAGCAGUCCAACCCGUCUACCAUUUUGAAGAGACUUAACUCCUACCUGGAAGAGCAUAGAUUCGCCAAGUACGAAUUUGGAAUCGGAGGUGCGUUAUUAUAUUAUUUGAAAGGAAUACUGCUGAAGCUCGAUGACAACAAAAGUGAUGCAAUGACUUUCUUUUUACAGAGUUUGUCAUGUUAUUCCUUCAAUUGGACCUGUUGGGUUGAGCUAUUGGAAUGCUUGACUCGAUCAGAUGAGGCACUACUUUUACUGAAGUAUAUUGAUGAAAAGCUGGAAUUACAGAACUCUACAAAAUCUAAUGUAAUGGUAAAGUUUUUCAAAUUGGCAGUUUUCCAAGAGUUUAGUGGUAAUAUAGAGGAUUUUAUGGACGACUUUCAAUAUUUACACUCUACUUUUCCAAACUUUACAUUCUUGAAGGCCCAAAAUGCCCUCAUAAAUUAUAACUACAUGGAUUAUCUGAACUCAGAGAGUUUGUUUGACCAAAUUGUCAAAUCUGAUCCCUAUAGACUUGAUGAUCUGGACACAUAUUCGAAUAUUCUUUACGUGAUGCAAAAACAUUCCAAGCUGGCUUACCUAGCCCAAUUCACUUCUCAAGUUGAUAAAUUUCGUCCUGAAACAUGCUGCAUAGUGGCAAAUUAUUAUAGUGCGCGACAGGAGCCUGAAAAAUCUAUCAUGUAUUUUCGUAGAGCUCUUACGUUAAAUAAGAACUGCACUAGCGCUUGGACAUUGAUGGGUCACGAAUUUGUGGAACUAAAAAAUUCACACGCAGCUAUCGAGUGCUACAGAAGAGCAGUUGAUAUGAACGCAAAGGAUUUCAAGGCAUGGUACGGGCUAGGUCAAGCCUAUGAAGUGCUUGAUAUGCACCUCUACUCCUUGUACUACUUCCAAAAGGCAUGCACGCUAAAGCCGCUGGAUAGGCGAAUGUGGCAGGCCUUAGCAGCUUGUUACUCCAAAAUUGGAAAUAGACAAGAAGCCAUCAACUGCUACGAGAGAGCUUUGCAACUAUCAGUUAAUUUAGAACAGGAUACUCAUCUUCUAUUUAGACUGGCCGAAUUAUAUGAACAGAUUAGAGACACCGAAAAUUGCCGACAAUUCAUGAUACGAUGUGUUGAUGUAGAAAAGUCGUCUGAAGGCUUAGUGUCGGACGAAACUGCAAAGGCUUUAUUGUGGUUAGCAAGGUUUGAGACUCAAAGAAAGAAUUAUGAAGAAGCAUAUAACUACGCCAUAGGUGUGUCACAUGGAAGCUCGCAAGAAAUCGAGGAAGCAAGGGCAAUAGCUAGAGAAUGUAGGGCGAAAAUUCAAUAA